AUGACAGAUUUUGUGAAAAAAAAACGAGAGGUAGAAAUUAAAGCUUCUAAGAGUGAAAACAGUGAAGAAAUAGAUUUAAAUAAUAGGGAAGUAUCUGCAAACCAGGUAAUUAGUGAUGAUAAUACAAUUUGUACAAGGGGGACAGAAUCUUCUAUUAUUACAAUUUUGAGGAACUCAAGAAGAGAGCAUUUCUUUGAUGGCCGCAUAAAGUUAUAUAAGGAGAAGCUUAGUUUAAUGGAGAAAGAAGGUAAGAUGAGGUUCAGUAAAGGGCAGAAUGCUCAGAAAAAGAUGUCAGGUUGUUGUAAGACAAAUAAAUAUCAAGUUUACCGUAUAUGUAUUACCAUUUUGGGAGGUUGUUUUAUGCUUUUGGCAUUAUUUGGUAUUUUAUUCUUAAUGUUGCUUCCAAAAAUUGCUGAAAUACAAAUAAGGAAGUCGAAAAUGGAAAUUAAGGAAAUUGAUAUUUUUCAGAUAAGCAGACAGAAUGGAAAGACUUCAUUUGAGGUGGAGUCAGUUUUGGCUUUAGAAAAGACACCAAAAUACAAGACUCAGUUUAUACAUUCAUUGAUGCAGAUAAGUUAUGGAAUAAAAGGAGAAGAGAAGGGAGUGUUAGGUGAUUUAUAUAUCUCACAGAUUUCAGCCAAAAAAGAUGGAACCUUUAAAGCAAGAGGGAGGUUCACAAUAAAAAAUAAAGAUUCAGUUAAUAAUUUGAUCAAUUACAUGACAUCUAAUUUAAAUUUUAACCACAAGGACGAAGUUUUGGAUGAGAAGAUUACUUUUUAUGGAAAAGGGUUAAUGUCCAUUCGGAUUUUUGGAAUUUUGCUAAAUAAUUUAAAUGUGGAUAAAGAGAUGAGCUACUCCUCAGUUUAUGGAUUUUCUGGGAGAUCUGAUGAUGAUUCGCACAACAGGAAGGAAAGAAAUGACCAAGUUUCUUCAGAAAUUCCUUCAUUUUUGCACAACAAUGGAUUCAAAAUGCACAAAAUUUGGGUUAGCUCUCACAAAAUGGGUGGGAUGAGAGUAAAUCUCGAAUUUGAGCUUGAUUUUGAAAAGUUUCUUGGCAAUGAUUCAGAAAAAAAGAGCGAAAAGAGUUUAUUUUUCCCAAAGCUUCACAUGGAGAAUAUUGGUAACUUAAGGUUCAACGUAUUAUAUAGAAAUGAACUUAUUACUCAAAUUACUUGGUAUGAUGCGAACUUAAAAUCGGGUAAUAACAUUUGGAGCGUUUCUUUGGACUUCCCUGAGAAACUCAACAAUGGACAUAAAGAUUUAAUCAAAGAGAUCAUUCAAAACAAUGACAUCACCAAGGAAACUGUAACUAUUAAAGGAGACUCUUCCGGAAGUGAAGCUUUUAGUGAUGUGUUUAACGAUUUUGAGAUGAAAAUACCAUUAUCUACAUUUAAGAGUAUAGUCGAAUAUGAAUUUAACAAACUAAAACCAGGAAAAACUAAAGUGGAUUUAAUGGAUAGGUUGAUUCAAUUUAUUAAUGUCUCCCAUAUUCAAAUUCUACAAAAUUCAGAAGAUCUUAACAUUCUUGCUAAUCUUAAAGUCGGAUAUAUUAAUCCAUUAGGUGAUAGUUUCCCAAUAAGUUUGAAAUCAAUGGUAAUUAACUCGCAACUAACUGAUCAAAGUAACUAUUAUGGUGAUAUAACAUUGGAUCUGAACGAGAUCAAAGAGAAAGAUCGUAUCUCAUCAUUUAGAAGUUUAAAAGAGUCUAACAGAGAUAGUUCCACGAUUAUCAGUAUGAUUGAAAACAAUAGUGCUAACUCUCAAUUACAAAGACGAGUACCAAGAAUGCAACCAAAAUAUGAAUCCUUUACAGAAAAGAAUGAGUAUCAGCAAGAAGCUCAGCACGUCAAUAAGUGCCAAACAAAGAAAUUAGAUGAAAUAAAUGAGCCUCUGAAAUUUAAUGCAUGUUAUAACACUCAAGAAUUUGAUAUGAAUCUAAAAAUAAAUACUGACAAAGUACAGCAAGAUAUUAAAAACAGGUGGCUGGAAAGUAUACUUUUUAAUUAUAGAAAGUUGAAAGUAGUAGACUCCAAGAUCGAUGCAAAAAUUACCAGUUUUUUUGGAGAAUCUGACUUUAAUGGGAUAAAUCUGAAAAGAAAUUUAUUAAGUAGUAAGAACAAAAUUCAACUUACUGGUACUGACAAUGCUUCAACAGAUGACGAUAAUUAUAACUUUGAUGAUUACUAUAAAGAAGAUGAAGAUGACUCAGAAGGUACCAUUGAAGCUUUUAGUGUCAAAAAUAUUACGAGUUUGAUUGAUGCUAACAGUGUCAAAAUCUUGGGAGAAGGGUUCAAUAAUAGUUGGAUAACAAAAGUAAUAAUUAAUUAUUCAGAUACUUUAUCAAAAUUAGGCCUGGAUAAGCUGGAUAUUGGACCUCUUGGAAUUCUAAUUAGUUUUGAUAACUCUAAUAUAGGAUUUAUAGGCACAAACAAUUUUAGGGUUGAAAAAAAUUCAACCCUUGAAUUACUUGGAGUAAUCAAACCAGAAAAUGAUCCAAAUACCCUUGAAAUCAACCAUUCUCUUACUCAUUUUAUCAAGUCAAUAAUAACAGGGGAAAAAUCUGAAAUUCAAGGUAAAAGCUUUGGUUUAGAGUUCAAGACAAAUGGAGAUGGGAAAGAAAACUGUAAAAAGUAUUUCAAUUAUCCUAAAUAUUUAUCAGAAGAAGAAUUUAGAUCUUGGAUAAAAGAUGGAAAAUUUCCUCCAAUCGGUGAAAGUGAUCAAAUUAACAAUAAGAAAAGGAAGGGAUGGAUGGGUAAAUUAUUAAAUGGUCAGAAAAUUGAAAUACCUGUAACUAUUUUUGAUGAUUUUACUCAACUUAACAUUCAAAAGUACAUCGAUAAAGGUAUGGAAAGUAACUCGAAUCUGAUUAAAGAAAGUUUAUGUAGAGUACAAUCAAUUUUUAAUAAUGAUAUAGAAUUUGAAAAUAGUGUUGAUUCAGAUAGAAUCGAAAUUAAAAAAGCAAUAAAUGACAAGUUAAAGGAAAAGAACAUAGAUUUAUCAAACAUUGUAUUUCAAUUAUUUAUGGGAAAAAGGGAAAAUGACUUAGAACUACCGAUUGGAGGAGUUUUUGACUUAAAAGUUCCAAAUAUUAUUUCAAAGGAGCUAUAUAUGAGUGUUUUAUCCAUUAAUUAUAGGCUAAAUAUUUAUGAAAGAACCAGUAAUCGAAAUAUUAUAGAAUUUGAGCAUAUGCAGAAUUUCCAAAAUUUAAAUAUGGAUAAUAAUAAUCUUAGUUCCAAUAAUAAAAGAAAGACGGAGAAUUUGGAUAUGAAAUUCAACUUUGAAAAUUCCAACUUAAAGUUUUAUGAUGAAAGUAAUCAAUUCACAAAUACUUUAUAUUCUUUACUCAAUCUACCCAAAUUAAUCAACGAGAAAAUAAGCAAUAUGGUAAUCAAGAGCACAAUUGAUAUUGCAUUAAUAUCAUCUAUUGGAAUAUUGAAACUUGAUAACAUUGUACUAACAGCAAACUUAGGAAUUCCAGAGUGUAAGAGAAAAAUGAAGAUUCUGGAAACAAAUGAAUCUGAAUCAAAUAUUAGUUCAUUUUUCAAAGUAGAAUCUAUUCAAAUUCAAAAGAUUCGCUUAAUACUUCCUCCUAGAGGAAUUGAUAUACAACUAAAUACCAUUAUAAAUAUCCCAAAUUAUGUUGAAAAUAUCAAAAUCGAUGUAAUUAUGGGUCAGUGUGUAUUUGAAUUGAAAAAUCAAGAAAACCACUUAUUAGCAAUUAUCAAGACUCCUAAACAAGUAAUUAUUGGAAACAAUAGGAUCACUGAGUCUGUUUGUUAUGGGUUUGUUCCAGCCAAAUCAUGGCUUCCAAUGAUGAAUUUGAUUGGAAAUGAAGAAAAGAAUGAAGAAAAAUUACAUGUUAAAGCAAUCAACACUCCUCAUGGUAUACCAUAUUGGCUAGUUCCAGUAUUUGAAUUCCUUAAACUCCCAGCAUCCAGUACUUUGAGUAGUUUGGACUCAACAGAGUUUGGAUCAGUCACUUUUUCGUAA